CAAAAAAAGAGAGGCAAAGCUUUAAAACAAGAAAGAAAUGGCAACGUCGGGAACAUACGUGACGGAGGUUCCUUUAAAAGGGACGGCGGAGAAACAUUACAAGAGGUGGAAGAAUGAGAACCAUCUCUUCCCUGAUACCAUCGGCCACCACAUUCAGAAUGUCACUGUUCACGAAGGCGAAUGGGACUCUCACGGGGGUAUCAAGAUUUGGAACUACACAUUGGAUGGAAAGCAGGAGGUAUACAAGGAGAAGAGAGAGAUAGACGAUGAGAAUAAAACAAUGACGGCUAGAGGACUUGAAGGUCACGUGAUGGAGCAUUUCAAGGUUUGUGACAUCGUCGUCCAAUUUAUUCCCAAGACUGAAGAUAGUUGCGUCGGCAAAAUCACUAUGAUCUGGGAGAAGCGCAACGAUGAAGUCCCCGAACCAAGCAGCUACAUGAAACUCGUCAAGAGCAUGGUUGCUGACAUGGAGGAGCACGUCCACAAAGCUUAAUCACCAUCACCAUCACAAUCCCCAUCACCAUCACCAUCACCAUCAAGUCAUCACUAUCUCAAUUUACUUAUUAAGGUGUUUUCAAUAUAAUUAUUAAAGAAUAAGUAUGGUCUUGUACGCGGAGUUCCAUUUCUAUGAAAUCGUUUGGUUCUUGUAAGAUGGUCUAAGUAUCGAGUUCUGUAAUGAUCCUUCAGUUAAUUUUAAAUUUCCCAUGCAGUAUACACAUA